AUGACUGCGUCGAAACCGGCUUACAAAGUCGCUGAUAUCGGUCUCGCCAGUUUUGGCCGUAAGGAGAUCGUUAUCGCUGAAAAUGAAAUGCCCGGUUUGAUAGCGAUGCGUGCCAAGUACGGGCCAACGAAGCCGUUGAAAGGUGCCCGAAUCGCGGGAUGCCUCCACAUGACCAUUCAGACAGCGGUCCUUAUCGAAACUCUCGUAGAACUUGGAGCUGAGGUCCAGUGGUCGUCGUGUAACAUUUUUUCUACUCAAGACCAUGCUGCAGCCGCUAUCGCUGCUGCUGGAGUUCCAGUGUACGCUUGGAAAGGAGAAACCGAUGAAGAGUACGAGUGGUGCAUCGAGCAGACACUUGUGUUUUCUGGUGGCCGACCUCUUAACAUGAUUCUCGACGAUGGAGGUGAUCUCACCAACAUCGUCCAUAAGAGGUAUCCGCAAUACCUCUCAGGAAUAUACGGGCUGUCUGAAGAAACCACCACUGGAGUGCACAAUCUCGCAAAAAUGCUUGACAAAGAUGAACUCAAGAUCCCCGCUAUUAAUGUAAAUGACUCAGUGACCAAGUCUAAGUUUGACAACCUUUACGGAAUUCGUGAGUCGCUCCCUGAUGGCAUCAAACGCGCCACCGACGUAAUGCUGGCUGGAAAGGUAUCUGUUGUUUGCGGAUACGGUGAUGUCGGGAAGGGAUCAGCGGCUUCACUGAGGGCUUUCGGAUCACGUGUUAUUGUCACCGAAAUUGACCCUAUUAACGCUCUGCAAGCAGCCAUGGAAGGUUAUGAGGUAACCACUUUGGACGAGGCUGCUUCGAAGGCCAAUAUCGUUGUCACUACUACUGGGUGCAAGGAUAUUGUACUCGGUCGACAUAUGGAAAUGCUGCCCAACGAUGCUAUUGUGUGCAACGUUGGACACUUCGAUUGUGAGAUUGAUGUCAAGUGGUUGAAUAAGAAUGCCGUAAAGAAAGACACUGUGAAACCUCAGGUAGAUCGCUACUUGCUGAAAAAUGGUCGUCAUAUUAUUUUACUAGCUGAAGGUCGUCUAGUUAACCUUGGCUGUGCCACUGGUCAUCCAUCAUUCGUGAUGUCGAAUUCAUUUACCAACCAAGUAUUGGCACAGAUAGAGCUCUGGACUAAGCAUGGUACGCCCAAAGAAUACAAAGUUGGACUCUAUGUCUUGCCCAAAAGUCUUGAUGAAGAGGUGGCUGCACUGCACCUUGAGAAACUCGGUGUUAAGCUAACCAAGCUCACUGAUGACCAGGCUGCUUACCUUGGUAUUCCUAAGGAUGGCCCCUUCAAGCCUGAGCAUUACAGGUACUAA